UGGCCCAUUGUGAACCAAAGAAAAAGGCUCCCGCCUCCCGGGAAACUCUCCAAACGUACAAAAAACCUCUGGAUAUAUAAGAGCUCAAACUGUGUCCCAGAAACGAUCCGCAAAAUUGCAAGAUGGAUUUUCAGAGCGGUGAUCGGAGUGCGUGGAAGCAAGCCCUCUCCUCUUACCCUGCGCGCGUAGAAUCGCUCGGCAAACCCAACCUCGUCUCUCUUGACGACUUCUACCGCAACCAACUUCCUCUUCUCAUCAGCCAACGAAACCCUAACCCCUUCAUCACCACCCCUGAGCUCUCCAAGCUCAUGCAAUGGAAGCUCACUCGAGGCAAAUGGAGGCCACGUCUAUUGGAUUAUGUUUCGUCUUUAGACGAGUCCCUUGUGAAAUCUGCCUCUCAAAAAGCUUUUCAAUCUCUUCCUGACAUUUCCAAAGCUGUUUCGGAGCUUACGGUUUUGAAAGGGGUAGGCCCUGCCACUGCUUCUGCUGUUCUGGCCGCUUAUGUACCAGAUGUUGCACCAUUUAUGUCUGAUGAGGCUAUGUUGGUCGCUCUUGGUCACUCAAAAGAUUAUACCUUGAAGCAGUAUCUCAUUUUUGCAAAGAAAUUACAGGGAAAAGCAAAGGAGUUAAGUUCGGAAGGGGACUCCUUCACACCAUCAGAUGUAGAAAGGGCUCUGUGGAGUUCUGCUGUCGGGGACAAGUUGCAAACUCGAUCAGAUCCAAACCCGAAGGUUUACUCAAAGAACUCCAAGAGAAAAAGAAAAGAGUAGAUCUUGCUAUAUGCCUUGUGGCAGCAGUACUUUCUGUAAGUUAUUAUGCCCUUUCAGUUGAACUUGGCUCUACUUAUGUAGUAAUUCAACAACUUGUAUAUGGAAAAUUCUCUUACAAGCAUACUAAAUUGUUAUCCAUUCCUUGGGCUUCUUCUGGCUUAA